AUCCUCAGUGGAGGGCGUGAUUUCCGAGGUCUGUGUUGCUCGGGGGAAGGGAAGGUGGUGCUGGGGACCUGUUGGAAAUGACGGGAGAAGAAAUCCGAUUUCAAUAUAAAGACCAAAACAGUUACGCCUGGAAUAUAGCAAAGAAACGUCACCAGACCUGCGUGCUAAGGGGUGUGAAUAACCAUGGAGACCUUGAUAAGUGCGGUGGCCCCUCGGUCCCCAGCGCCGGUGAAGAAAGCCUCGGAGGUGGAUUUCCGGUCGGGGGCCAUGCUGGAGCAGCUGUCGUCUCAGGUGUCUGAGCUGGUCACCCUGGAGCAGGGGGACUUCGGGGACCAACUGGCCCUGGAGGUCCACACGGCCAAAGACUUUAUCUUCAACAUGCUGGGUCUAGUACAGAAGGUGGACCAGCGUCUCCCAGUGGCCAAUGAGUACCUGCUCCUGUCCGGGGGGGCCAGGGAGGGGGUCCUGGACCUCAACCCAGAGGAGCUGGGGGACUACGCCAAAGGGGCCGACUUCGACCUGGACUUCACCCUCCUGGUGCCGGCGCUCAAGCUCCACGACCGCAACCAGCCCGUCACCCUAGACAUGCGGCAGUCGGCCCCCUGCCACUCCUGGCUGUCCCUGCGUCUGUGUGACCCCACCACUCUGGCCAGGUGGAGCAUCUGCUGCCAGGAGGAGAACGGAUUACCCCCCGAUGAGGAGGAUGAAGAGGACAGGGGAAUGGGUCACCAAGUCUCUGGUGCUGUUCCCCCCUCCCUCCAUUCCCCCCACCAGUCUCUGGACGGGUGCUACUUCUCUCCCGCGCUGGUGGCUGACUGGUUCUGGGGGGUGGUGGGGGAGGCGGUGGACGAGCUGAGACGUUCACCACAGAGAGGCAUCCCCAUCCCGGAGAGGCUGGAGCGCAACGGGCCCCUGACCACCCUCAUUCUUCAGGCGGGGUCCAGCCGAGUGCUCUAUGACCUCCUGCCCGUGGUGUCCUUCCGGGGCUGGCCCGCCGUGGCCCAGAGCUGGCUGACGGCCAACCACUUCUGGGACGGGAAGAUCACGGAGGAGGAGGCCAUCUCUGGGUUCUACCUGCUGCCCUGCCCGGCCCCGCUGGGAGGGAGGCCUGACCGGGAGUGGAGGCUGGCCUUCUCACGCAGCGAGGUUCAGCUGAAGAAGUGCAUCCCGUUCCCCAUGGCCCAGGCCUUCCAGGCAGCCAAGGCUGUCCUCUCCCGCCUCCUGGCUCGCCCCCGCACUGGCCUCAGCCCCUACCACCUCCGCACCAUCCUCUUCUGGGCCUGUGACCGCCUGCCCCCCUCCUACCUGUCUUCGCCUGACUCCGACACUCCCGCCCGUCUCCUCCUGGGCCUCCUGGAUGACCUGGCCCACUGCAUCUUGGGUAAGAACUGUCCCAACUACUUCCUGCCCCAGUGCAACAUGCUGGAGCACCUGUCGGACAGCCAAGCCCUGCUGGUGGCCCGGAAGCUGGCUCACGUCCGCUCAGACCCCACCGAGCACCUCCGGGCGGCCCUGGACCAGGCACAGCAGGCAGGCCAGCUCAAGAGGAAGGCGGCGGGCGCCACCAACGGGCAUGGCGGGUCACCUGGCCAUAGGUACCCGGCCAGUGGCAUCAUCUCACCCUCGGACGACAAGCUGGCCGCCAGGCUGCAGCAGCUGGUGACAGAAAACCCAGGGAAGUCUAUUUCUGUGUUUCUCAACCCAGAUGAUGUCACGAGGCCACACUUCCGCAUCGAUGACAAAUUCUAUUGACCUGAGGGCCUAGUCUAGUGUUGUGGUAGCCACACACACACACUCUCUCACACAAGUUAAAUAGCGGGCCAAAUGUUGGCGAGUCAACCAGGAUGGCUCGAGGCGCGAAACACUGCCGAUCGCUGCUCCCUAUACUGCCCCCUCUUGGCGGCGAAUGAUAACGACGCUAACUAAUAAGCGUUAACUCUGACUCUGUUGUAACUAUAAGACACUGUACCAAAAAAAUCCAUACUGCACGCUCCCAAGAAGAUGCUAGCUCUAGAGAAACCAACACACUUCUAUCGAUUUAGAGACACCGUGACAGAAAAAGGCUUGUCAAGUGGUCACCACGGAGUCCACUGCUCUUUAUGAAGCUUGCCCUAACGAGAUGUUUUUUUUUUUUAGCUGGUGCUACGAAGAAAAGAGAAUCGUUUUAGAAUAAAGAAAGGAGCUGCUGCUUACAAAAGGGUA